GAAUCGGCCAACUGGAAGGGGCGGGGACCGUCCUCUGCGGACGUUUGAGCCUCGGCGGCCUCCGUCCCGCAGCAGGUUCGGGAGUAGGCGCGGCCGGUGCAGCCGAGGACCGCGACUCUGCCGGCCAUGGAGUUUGACUGUGAGGCCGUGAGGCGGCUGCUGGGCAAGUACAAGUUCAGGGAUCUGACGGUAGAAGAGCUGAAGAAUGUGAACAUGUUUUUCCCGCACUUCAGAUAUUCCAUGGACACCUACGUUUUCAAAGAUACUUCCCAAAAAGAUCUGCUGAACUUCACUGGUACUAUUCCUGUGAUGUAUCAGGGUAAUACGUACAACAUACCCAUUCGCUUCUGGAUUUUGGAUUCUCACCCUUUUGCUCCACCCAUUUGCUUCUUGAAGCCAACUGCAAACAUGGAAAUCUCAGUUGGAAAACAUGUGGACGCCAAAGGCAGAAUAUACUUGCCCUAUCUCCAAAACUGGAGCCAUCCUAAGUCUGUCAUUGUUGGAUUAAUUAAAGAAAUGAUCGCCAAGUUUCAAGAGGAACUUCCUCUCUAUUCGGUGCCCUCAUCCACCGAAGCACAGCAGGCCGACUUGCUAGCCUAUAUUGCGAACAUCACUGAAGGUGUCUCAGACACAAAUUCAAGGGGCCGGACAAAUCAUGAGAGUAAAAUAGCAAAUAAAAUCACUGUGGUCGGAAGUGGAGAUUUGGGUAUUGCCUGCACAAUGGCAAUUUCAGCAAAGGGCAUUGCAGACAAGCUGCUCCUUUUAGACCUCUCCGAUGGGACUAACCAAGGAACGAUGGACCUUGAUAUCUUCAACCUGCCUAAUGUAGAGAUCAGCAAAGAUUUGUCUGCCUCUGCUCAUUCCAAGGUGGUGAUCUUCACAGCCAACUCUUUGGGUGGUUCUGAAUCCUACCUUCAUGCCGUGCAAAGCAAUGUGGACAUGUUCAGAGCUCUUGUCCCGGCUCUGGGACAUUACAGUCAACAUGCUGUCUUGCUUGUUGCAUCUCAACCAGUGGAAAUCAUGAGCUAUGUGACGUGGAAGCUGAGCACAUUUCCUGCAAAUCAAGUGAUUGGGAUUGGAUGCAAUCUGGACUCACAGAGAUUACAAUACAUUAUUACCAAUGUUUUGAAGGCACAGACUCCAGGCAAAGAAGUAUGGGUUAUUGGUGAACAGGGAGAAAACAAAGUGUGCUCAUGGAGUGGCCGCGACGGGGUGAUGAGUCCUAGCUCUCUGGCACAGCUGUCCAGCAGAGCCAUGGAACUGUUGAGGGUAAAGGGUCAGAGAUCUUGGUCUGUUGGCCUGUCUGUGGCUGACCUGGUGGACACUAUUGUAAACAAUAAAAAGAAGGUGCAUUCUGUAUCAACUCUAGCAAAGGGAUGUUAUGGUUUAGAUAAUGAAGUGUUCUUAAGUUUGCCAUGCACCCUGGGAACCAGUGGAGUAUCUGAAGUCAUCAAAACCCGUGCAGGAGAAGACACAGUGACUGAGACACUCCAAAACAGUGGAUCUUCAAUCCACAGUCUCCAGCAACAGCUGAAACUCUGAUGCCCGAGGGCAGUCACCUGACGGGGGGGAAGCUUAUUUAAUUUUGCCAGCACACACAGUUUUGGCAACUUCCACAAUUUGGUAUUUCACAAACAGCCUUUAAGUAGACGACAUCUUAGUUAGAUUUAUAAUUUGAAUCCUUGAGAAGUUAGAAGACGGGAAAGGAUCUGAUUUCUUUUGGAGUUUCUGUUGUUUAGAGCUGUCACUUUAAACCGCACGUCCUAACUUCAGCACACCUAGCACUUUAGAGAUGUUCUGAAAUAAGUGCACUCCUUAAAGGUUCUCACUGGACACUCAUUCUGAGCAUGGUAAGCUGAAGGCAGGGUGGGCACAGAGCCUGUGGCAGGUGUACGUUCAGAGACUCCUAGCUUCACGGCUCUAUUUGUGUCUUCUGCACCAUCCCAUUGGUAAUAAUGGCAAAGUGUUCAGAGACUCCUAGCUUCACGGCUCUACCUGUGUCUUCUGCACCAUCCCAUUGGUAAUAAUGGCAAAGUGUUUUACUUUCCUUCUUCAAGUUCACCUACAUUAGAAAGGAUUUUAGUAUGCUUUAAAUUGGUUAAAUGGAAUUUUAAAUAUAUGAAAAAUAAUAUAUGAUUUAAUUUCUUUUUUUUAAAUAUAAUUUUUUUAUUGAAAAAAAAAAGAUUUCCGCCUCCUCCCCGCCUCCCAAUGAUUUAAUUUCUAAUGAUACUUCCUCUCUGAAAAUUUCUAGAAUAACCUUUUCUUGGGCUAAAAGAUCUCAAAUGUAUCUUAAAAUUGUAUCAGUAGAAAGAGAGAGAUGCAUGUUUCUGUAAAGAGUAACAGCCGAGCAGUAUAUUUUGAAAGCAAAAUGUGAGGCUUUCAUAAAAAAAACAUUGUUCUUAAAGGAGAGAGGCCCUGGUCGUCUGCUUCCGAGUGAGCCUUAGUCUCCCCAGAGGAAACAGUUGUGACUGUCUGUGCCUUGGUGGUUGGUCAGUCAGUAUUAACAUGUGGAGCGACACACGGUGGCUGUUGUGACACACAGGUGACAACUCCUAUAUAUUGAGCUCUUAUAUGUAGAGUCCUGACAUCGACUGGCCAAGGUAGGGACUAUUUAUCUUCAUCAGAGAGGAGGAGACUGCACUUUGGUGUCUAAGAUUGCUGGGUUCUAAGGAUGUUACUUAGCUGUACAACCUCUACUUUUAUAGGUAGCAACAGAGGCUGUGGGGGAGCCUAGAGGCCUAAAAGCCAAGCUGUCAACUAACUAAAGUUGAGGCUUAGGAUACUAUGAAAGAAUUGCUUUUAUUUUCAUAUGGGAGUUUUUUUUUUUUUUUUAAACAAGGUCUUUAUGUAGUCCUAGCUGUCUUGAAGCUUACUACCAUAGACCAGGCUGGCCUCCAGCUCACAUAGUCUCUGCCUUCCCAGUGCAGGGUUUAAAGGCAUGCACCGCCACACCUGGCUAUAUUUUUUAAAGUAUUUUUUUUAUAAAGAUUGAUUAGCCUGACCCCCAGAGACUCAGCAGAUAGCAGAGGUGGUAUGUGCCAAAGACGGUGUUUGUUUAUUUAGUCGUUCAGCUAGCAUUUAUUAGGAGCUUCUCACAACAGAAAACACUAUUGCUGAACAUGCCUAUAUUAGGGACAAGCCCUGGUACUUACGGAUUAGCAGAGGAACCCAAUAACAAAAUAGCACAUGAAUGCAAGUGUGCUAAGUACAGUGAAAUCCAGAGUGUUUGGAAUCCAGGCUGCUCGGAGAGGAGCUCAGGGGUUUGUGAGGUAGGAAGGAGUCAUGACACUGGGUACUUACACUGACAAGCGAAUGUUGAGGAAGUAGAAGAGACGUGCUGAGGAAGACUUCCUCCAGACUCAACUGGGUUAAACCUUGGCCAUACAGGCUAGGGAUGUAGCUCAGUAGUUAGGUGCUUGCCUGAUAAGAAUAGGGCCCUGGGUUUGGUCCGAGAACCACAACACUUGGGGUUGUUGAGGAGGUAAGCAUUAGCUCUUUGUAAAUGAUUUUGGUGUUGUUUUUACUGACCUUUUGUACGAGAUAGGAAGGUAAAGUUGAAACAACAAUUUCUUAUGUGGUUUAGUGUUUUCUACUAGGUGAUAACUAAUUAGGAAUUCAGUAAUUCCUAAAAUAGAAUUUCUUUUCUCUUCAUUUGUUUUUGGUUUAUUUUUGUUGGUUGUUGCAGGAGGGCCGCUUGUUGGUUCCCAGCUGCUCAGCCCCAAAAUAAUCACACAAAAACUAUAUUAUUUAUAAUACUGUUUGGCCAAUAGCUUAACCAUAUUUCUGAUUAACUCAUAUCUGAAACUAGCCCAACUCUAUUAAUCUGUGCAUCACCAUGAGGUCAUGACCUACCAACAGUUUCAGCACGUCUGUCUCUGGCAGGCUACAUGGCUUCUCUCUGCCUCCUUUUUCCCAACAUUCAGUUUAGUUUUCCCUGCCUAUCUACCCUAUCAGGUCAAGCCAGUUUCUUUAUUAACCAUUGGUACUCACAGCAUACAGAGGGGAAUCCCACAUCAGUUGGUUGAUUGGUUUUUCUAGACAGGGUUUCUCUGUCUAACUGCUCUGGCUAUCCUGGAACUCACUUUGUAGACAAAGUUGGCCUCAAACUCAGAGAUCUUUACUACUGCUGCUUCCCGAGUGCUGGGAGUGAAGGCGUUUGCUGCCACCUGGCUCUCUUCAUUUGUUUUUGAGACUAGUCUCUAACUCUCAGCAAUCAUCCUGCCUGAGCCUCAUGAGUGCUGGCUACCAUACCCAGCAACAAUUUUUGUUUUGUUUUGUUCUGUUGUGGGGAUCUAAACCAGGGUCUGAUGCAUUCUAGGCAAGGCCUCCAGGGUCUGAUACAUGCUAGGCCAGUACUCCAGGGUCUGAUGCAUGCUAGGCCAGGCCUCCAGGGUCUGAUGCAUGCUAGACCAGGCCUCUAGGGUCUGAUGCAUGCUAGGCCAGGCCUCCAGGGUCUGAUGCAUGCUAGGCCAGGCCUCCAGGGUCUGAUGCAUGCUAGGCAAGGCCUCCACCAUUGUACUUCAUCUGGAACUUAGUUUCUAAAAUCUAAUAACUCUCUUGAACAAUAAACCAAUUGCAGGAUGUUAUAACAGCAAACUGCCAAGAAUUAUGUUGAUUAUAAAAAGAAAUGCCAAUACAACAGGUAUUUAUUGAGCACUCACUGUUAAUCCAAGUAUUUUGUUAGAAGUCUUUGUCUGUUCGCACAUUCCUCCAUUAAGUCAGGUGGCGCCAUCACCACCUCAUCUUGGUUUGGUGGUUAGUAAUCACAGUGCGUCUGUCUGGUAACUUUCAUUUUCUCCACAUGCUUUAAUGGUUUAGAUGAUGUUGAUUUGAUUAACCUUUAUAUUCUGUCAGUCUCAAAACCGGGGGGGGGGGGGGGGGGAGGCAGUGUACAGUGUUUGCGUAUUUCUCACCUGAGGCACGGGUGCAGGCUCUGCAAUAGUGCUCACUUCCCAGGUAAUAUCUGCUGUCCGAUAAGUUUCAGUCCCACAUCGUUAUAAAUCCUGAUUUUUUUAACCUUAUUAUGUUCUGAAAUUCAAGCUUUCAUGAAAGACUAGUGAAAGAUUUAUUUCCUCAUUUAAAAAAGAUACUGUGUUAAGUAAAAUGGUUUUUCUUGCCAUCUGACAAGGAGGAGAAACCCUCAUUUUUCCAAAGUCAUGCAGUACCUCAUGGUUUUUAUCGGGGGUUGGAUUAAAAUGCUUUUUGAUACUGUAAGGUAUAUUUUUCAUUUUCUGGUUUAUAUUGAUUACCUAAAAUAUAAAAAAUAAUGAACAAAAUAAAUUUUGACUUUAAAAGGAC